AUGGAACGAACUUGUUAUAUUGCAGUUUUACUUUGUACUACUUUUAUUUGCAUAACACAGUCAACGACUCUCCGGGAAGAUGAUUUCAUGCCAGCAGAACCUGUAUGGCCACCAAUCGAUCCACUAGGAACUGCCAGGCCACCAAUUGAUCCUCAAGCAACUAGACUCCCAGAAUCCACUCAAAUACCAAGAUUAACUAGACCUCCAAUUUCUCUCGAAAAUCCUCUUGAUUUAGCUUUUAUUAUGGACACUACAGGAAGCAUGUCUUCAUAUAUUCAGAGUGCGAAGGAAAAUAUUCGAAAAAUUGUCAACGCCAUAGUAAGAAGUUCUCAAAGUAGAGUUCGGUUGGCCCUAGUGGAGUACAGAGAUCACAAACCACAGGAGCGUUCGUUCGUGAUAAGAACCCAUGACUUUACUGAAUCCGUGGAAACAAUGAAAACAUGGCUGGACAAUGCAAAGGCACAAGGAGGUGGUGACACACCGGAAGCGGUUGCUGAUGCUUUGCAUGAAGCGGCAAUGUUAUCAUGGAAUACGGAAUCAACUAAAAUCAGUAUUAUGGUUUCCGAUGCUCCACCUCAUGCUUUGGAUCCUUCUAUGGAUAGUUCAUUUCAUAACGGAUGUCCGAAUGAACACGAUCCAAUGCAAACUGUACGAGAAUUAGCUAAAUUGGGUAUAACAUUAUAUACUGUUGGUGUCGAGCCAUCUAUCAAUAAAUACAAGGAUUUCUUUGAAGCUCUAGCUUACAACACAGGUGGACAAUAUGUACCUAUGCGAAACCCAUACCAACUCAUAAAUGUGAUAAUUGGAGGAGCUCAAGAACAACUGUCAUUGAAUGAAUUCACAUCGGAAGUAAGGAAUGAAGUCGAAAAAUAUGUUGCUGAUGGUCAAGAAGUCGAUGAAAGCGCAAUUGCUCAAACUGUUUAUCAGAGACUAAAUGCAAGAGGGGUGCAAACUAAGCACCUUACGAAAAACAGCAAAGCGUUAGAAGGACCAUCUUCAACAGCAAAGUUGUUAGCCGAUUUGUCAUCUAUGGCUGAUGUUAGGAAGAAAAUGGGAAACAAAUUUACAAAUGUCCCGAUACGAAGGCAUGGAGGAAGAUCGAGAAAAAGGCAUAGAAUGAGAGUUUCUUCUGCAAUUUCAAGAUCUCGCCCAACAGAACCAGAAUUUCACAGAUUUUUAUCUGACAUAAGCCCAAUAUAUUUCGAACGCAGUUAUGACCGCAGAGUAGCUCCUAAAUUGGAUGCCGAGUAUGGUGUAGAACCAAGAUAUAUUUCACAUACUAGUAAAGGAUAUUCUGGUGCUCGGUCUCAUGCAAAAUCUCCGAGGGAAAAAUUCACCACAGUAGAAUCUGGUAUUAGUCUAGAUCAAAUUGAAAGGUGGACAAUAUAUACCCAUGAGAAACCCCCAUAUCAGCUAAUAGAUGUCAUUAGUGGAGGCGUUCGGGAAGAACUUUCUCCAAAUAAAUUCACAUCGGAAGUAAAAAAUGAAGUUGAAAAAUAUGUUGAUCGUGGCGAGGAAGUUGAUGAAAUGGUAAUUGCUCAAACUAUUUAUCAGAGACUGAAUACUCAAGGUGUAAAAAGUAAGCACCUUACAGAGAACAGCAAAGCGUAA